GGAUUGUUUUGUCACAGGGGUUUCUGGGACAUUGUGUUCUCCCCCUUGUUUUUUAAACUCUGUGAAAAGCAUGUUGUAGCUAUUUGCAAGCACUAAAACCUCACUGCCAUGGAAACGAUACGGCUGCAUGUAUAUUCAGGACAAAUGCAAGUUAAAUGUACAACACAUUUAAUAUCUUCCAUUAGAUAGCCGCAUCAAAAAUACAACUGCGGAAUUAAAAAACUCCCGGAAACUAUGUAAAGCACGACUUUGUCCGUAGUCGGACUGUUUAUAGCGUUGGACACAUGCUUGUUUUUGUUGUGGUCUGAAGCUAUGGCUCCUUUCAACCGGUUAAAAUAACCCCCCCCAAAAAAAUACAAGACACUUUGGGGUCAUAUUUUGACAACAAUGAAUGGCGGAUAUGGCCGAGGACGAACUUGCUGCGUUUAGGAAGAGCUGGGAACAAGAGUUGACAGGUAAACAAGAGGAGCAGCGACUUAACUCUGCCCCUCUCCCUCCCUGCGAUGCUCUUGGUCAGUCAAGCAAAGACGACUCAAAGAAGGGGUAUUUUGAAAACUUAAAAAGUCGCAACAAAACCAGCAGUCCUUCGAAACCAGAGGAGGAGGGGAGGCGUGUUGGUGGAGGAGGAGGACAAGCUGCUGCUGUGUCCAAGGAUCAGCCUCAGUAUGUGUCCAUUGCACACGGGUUACUUGAUGGGAGGACCAGUCCGCUGCUGGACAGGAUUCAGGAGGAGAGAAGCAGGAGAAAGAGACAGUAUCACAACAUCACUGGUGGCUGCAGAACCUCCCUGCAGCAGCAGCAGCAGCAGCAGCAGAGAAAGCUGAAGAAAGACAGGGAGCUGGUGGAUCAACUCAUCCAGGACCUGAAUGAAGUCAAUGACAUUCCUUUCUUUGAUAUUGAACUGCCGUACGAGUUAGCCUUGAAGAUAUUCCAACACCUCAACUGCACUGAGCUCGGCAGAUGUGCACAGGUGAGCAGGGCAUGGAGAGUCCUUGCAGAGGACUCAGUUUUGUGGUUCAGGAUGUGCACAAAGGCUGGUUUUCACCAGGAGGCCAGCGUGUCCGACUCCCCCUGCUGGAAGAGCACGCUGCGAGACUGCAGGAACUCAGCCAAGACUGUGUGCUCCAACUGGAAGAACCGAGUGGGAUCCAUCAGCCAGCUGCAGUUUGAGUUGGGGAAGGUUCUAUGUGACGUCAGCUUCUGUGACAACUUUGUCUUGGCUGGGUACACGUCUGGCGAUGUGAGGCUGUGGGAUACUCUGCACUGGGACUCAUCGGCCUCUUUCCUGAAGAUCAACAGCCUGUCGGCUAACUCUGAACCCAGACCUUUUGUUAGUCAUGUGCAGGUCAACAGCACAGUGGCUGCUGCUGCGUACGAAGACGGUUGUGUGGACCUAUGGAGCACAGAGACAGGCGGAGAGCCCAUCCGCCACUACCAGACCCCAGGGAGGAUCCAGGUCCUGGCCCUGAGCUCGGACAGCCCCAUCCUGUGCUGGGCGGCAGGGCCUGAUGUUCGGAUAGAUGCUGCCGAUGAUCACGGCUACUGGAGGACACUCUGCCGGACUCAGCUACCCAAGCCAGUGGAAAGCCUGGUCGUGGUACCAGGCAGGGGGCAGCAGCAGCGCCCGCUUGCAGCCCUCUCAGCAGGAGAUGCCGUGUACCUGUUGGACCCCCGUGAGGAGGAGCCACAGAUACUCCACUCGGUCUACGGUCACCCUGUUACCUGCCUGGAUGCGUCAGACUCCCAUGUUGCACUUGGAGUGAAGCGCACAGGAUGGGCAAUGCACGAUGGAGGGAACAAGAUCCACGUCUACAGCCUUGAAACGGGCAAACUGGUGGCCACUGUGGGCGACUCACUUGGAGAUUUCUCCUGCAUCAACCUGAGAGACAGCCCUCCUCACCUGCUGGUCUGUGGAAACAAAGAUAGGAGGGUGCGGGUGUUUGACCUACGAGCUGGCUCUUCCGUGGCGUCCCUGUACGCCCACCACCUGGGUGUGACCUCGGUGCAGGCGGAUGACUGGAAGAUUGUGAGCGGCGGAGGCGAAGGAUUGGUGUGUGUGUGGGAGAUGAGGAUGGGAGCCAAGCUGUGGGAGAUGCACAACAGGCAUCCUGUGCGCCACGUACGCUUCAACACCAGCACCCUGGUAACAGCCAACAUCCCUGAUGACAAGUCACCACGGGGCGCCUGCAUCACAGACGAUGACCUUACAGCUCACCGCAGACAUCGGGGAGUAAUCUGCCAUUAUGACUUCUCUGAGGAGGCAUUAUCUCAGGAUCACGUCCUACCCAUCUGCAGGUCGGACUACACAGAGUCACACGGAUACAACUACAACAUCGGCCUGGCCGUUCCUUACGACAGUCUGUCCGGCUCCCAUCCAUCGCACUGACUCGCAGGUUUACAAACUGCAGCUGAACGGACAAUAGAAAUUGUUGACUAGCGAUCGGUUUCAUGCUCCAAACUGUAUACUUUUUAUCUUUCUGCUUUCCCUUUUGGUAUUCCAAACAAAUCACGCUGUCAGUGUAUGGAUGUUUUCUGUAAUUAUUUUUAAGGUAAAUGAUGCACAACGCACCAAAACAGUAAAAUGAUGACGUUUUUAAAUGA